UUAAUUGCAUAGUUCCCAAUUCACGUUAUUGUAAAAUUCAUUGAAGACUAAAGUUUGAUCAGAAAAUUCUUGAAAUUAAAAUUCUUAAAAGGAACACGACAACAGCUUUUAGAGGGACCUGCUUUGAAAAUUUUUGGCCCCACACCCUUCUGCAAGUCGAAAGUUUUCUUCCAAGAAUCUCUCCAGAAGGAGGCUGAAAUAAGAUGCUUUUUGGCACUGCUGUUACAUGACUUGUUUAUUCGCAUGCCAUCUUGAGUUCCACGAUGAAUUUCAAAGAGUUUGUAAUAUAACCACAAAAAUCGUCUUUUCUGCUUCUUGCAAGUACCUUUGCAGAGAUGUCAGCCGAAGGAGUCCAAAACAGCUACUUGAAUUAUGGGUUUGAUUUGAUGAAUGAAGAGGACUCCGUCUUGCAAGCAGGCAGGACAACAGAAGAUGGAAUAACAGGAUCUAGGGUGGAAAACAGUCUUUCUCAUCAAGAAACAGGAGUCACCGCUGUAGAUGUACAAGGAGGUCAUGCCCAUUAUUUUCGGCGAAAUCCAAAUCCAUCAGAACAGACUUUUUUAUUACCACAGGAAAAAGAACAGCCCACUAUUACCUAUUUUGUAAAACCUGCAAAUACAGAUGAGGUUUUCAAAAGAUUUAAACAGUUGCUUGCCUGUGUAGCUCUAUCAGACUGCUUGCACAAGAUUGUUUAUUUUUGUCUCGUGGCAGAUUUCAUUCUAUUUGCAGAAACAUAUUUGCAAUGUGAUGCAAGGAGCUCAAUCAUUUUUUCAUAUGCUGUCGUAAGCUGCUGUCUUCUAAUGUCUGCAGCUUUUCUGGUGUGCAUAGAUCUAGGUAUCAAAAGAUUUGGAAUCAUUUUGGUGGGUUUUAUAGGCUAUAUUAUUGGAAUUUCAGCACUGUCAGGACUUAAUGCUAGUGUUUCCAAUAGAUCUUGUAGAUGGUGGAGUAUUUUGGCUCUAUUCCUUAUAUGCUUUGGAGAGGCCUCAACAAGAACAGCAUUGCCAGAGUUUACUAUCAUGAGCCCAUCGCAAAAUGGUAAAGAAAGGCAAAAAGCAUAUGCAUGGAAGCUUCACUGGGCUUCAAAUCUUCUCAUUAUCUUGUCUGUUGCAGUUGUGACUGCCAUUGAUCAGAAUCUAAAUUUUGAAACUGGUUAUUAUAUCAGCACUGCUGUUGUAGUACUUGCAUUUACCUUAUUUUUGGUUCCUCUGAAACAUUAUAAGCAGAGACCUACAUCUCAUACUGGAUCAUUGAAAGUUUUACAUAAUAUCUUGGCUGAAGCAAAUGAAGUAAGAAAAGGGUUGCAAAAGAUUUCAAAAAGCUCUACAAAUUUUGAGAAUGCCAAUGAUGAUGGCACAGCGAGGCCAACCAGUUGGAUAGAUUAUGCCAUGUCUAAGCAUGGAGGAACAUAUGAGGAUUGUGAUGUCAACAGAGUAAAAUGCCUUUAUGACAUGGCAGUAUUGUUUCUAUUCUUGAUUCCCUAUUGGAUUAUUCAUGCACAGUGCUACACAACAUACUACCAUCAAGGAAUACAUUUGGAUACAAGAGUUGCAGGAAAGAGCUUUCCAGUGGCUUGGAUGAAUUUGUUUACUGUUGUAACUGUGAUGCUGGUCACACCAUUUCUUGAUAAAGUUAUAUACCCUGCUUUAGAGGCCAGAGAAAGGCAAUUUCCUAUCACUUGGCGAAUUAUUCUUGGCAUGUCCUUUGGUUGCAUUUCUGUAAUUGUUGCUGGAUGCGUCGAGAGAUCUGGUAUUUUUCAUAAAAAUUCAAAGGAGAUUUUCCAUCAAUCGGUUGGCACGCUGAAUGUUACAGCAGUGAAACUCAAUAUAUUUGUUCAACUCCCACAAUACUUUCUACUUGGGCUAAGUGAAGUUUUAUCUAGCCUGACAGCAUUGAAUGCUGCCCAUAGACUUUGCACAGGAGGCUUCAGAAGACUUGCAACUGUUAUGUACUUCAUCUCAAUGUCUGCUGGUCAUCUUCUUGCUUUGGUUAUAAUAUCUUUCCAGUGGUACCCACCAAGUGACUAUUUCGUUGACUCAACAGUCCAAAACUAUUUCUUUUUUCUAGCGGUCCUCAUGGUCAUUAAUAUCAUCGUUUUUGCCGUUAUUAUUUACAGGAUGGUAGACAUUCCUUCACGUUUGCAUAACUCAUAGCAUUAAGGUUAAUUCAAGGUUAUCAAAGUUGUUGUAAUUUGUUGUAAAAGGUAGUAUCUUACUUUUGAAUGUUUUUCGUUUAAGUAACAUUUUCAGAGUAGCUGAAGCAUGUUUACUUUUGUUAAAUUCGUUAUGUGAAAUAUAGAGUUAUAAUUUAAUUAGGUUUAUUCAAUCACUUGACAGUUUACCGGGCCUAAGAAACUCGUAACUUUCCUAUCAUGUUACACGUGUCUAGUUGUUUUUGAAGGUUUCGUUGUUGUCUAAUAUUGUUUCUUGCAAUACGAGCUACAAAAGUGUCACCAACAUUGGCUCCACUUAGUGUCCAUAAAUAAACUGAUCCCCUAGUCCCAAUAUAUAUUAGUUCUGGAUAGUUUCCCACCCCUGUCCCUCGUAUAAAUCACCCCCAAUU